GGCUAUUCGUUUUUAGCGGGCUCUAGCCGGCGUGUGAACGUAAAGUAGGAUUAUGUUUUGAUGUCGCAUUCCAUGACUGUAUCAUUUGUUUGUGUUAAUCCCACUUGAAAUUGGCUGUUGCGUAGUAAAGAUGGAUUCGUCUCUAGAAAGGCCGUAUUGUACUGAAUAUUCUAAGAGUGCUAGAGCAUCCUGUAAGGGAUGUAAAAAUCAGAUUAGUAAAGAAGUAUUGCGUUUAGGCGUGAUGGUGCAGUCACGAUUUAUGGACAAAAAAGUACCAAAUUGGUACCACGACAAUUGUUUUUUCAUGAAACAAAGACCGAAGUCAGUGGGAGACAUCGCGGGUUUUGAGAAUUUACGUUGGGAAGAUCAGAAGAAGAUUAAGGACAAAGUUGAUGCGUCUGAUGCUGGGCCAUCGAGUGCUGGCACGUCGAAGAAACGAAAAGGAGCUGUUCCACAACAUUUGAAGGACUUUGUGCUCGAGUAUGCAAAGUCCAGUAGGUCGGAGUGUCGUGGAUGUGAAACAAAGAUUGCCAAGGGACUGGUUCGCAUUUCGAAGAAGGACUACGAAAGUGAAUCAGCCUUGAUGUACGGCCCAGUGGACCGUUGGCACCACACAGAAUGUUUCGCGAAGAAACGUGACGAGCUUGAAUUUUUCGACAGUGGUAAGAAUUUGCCGGGCUUCAUGACGUUGUCUGCUGAAGAUCAGAAAGCUGUUGCCGAUGCCCUCCCGAAACUGGACAAGAAAGGCUCCGAUGAUGUGGAUAGUGCGCCCAAGAAGCAAAAGGUUGUUCCGAAAACUGAAAAUGAGUCUGAUGACGAGCUCAAAGAAACUAACGGUCGGGGCAAGGGCGGGAAAAAAGGCGCAGCGAAAGCAACAAAGACGCGAGGCAACAAAACCGACGCCAAGGCGGCCGUGAAAGACAAACUGAACGGUGAAGUUGAUGCCCCGGACGCAAAGAAAAUGGAAAAGCUGCUGCAGAAACAAAACAAGGAGUACUUCAAGUUCCGUGACCAGUUGAAAGACAGUCUCCAGAAGCGAGAGCUGACAGAACUUUUGGAGUACAACAAUCAAGAUGUGCCCGUGGGAGCAGAUGCAAUUUUGGAUCGACUUGCUGAUGCCAUGACGUUCGGCGUCCUGGCUCGUUGCGAAGAGUGCGACGGAGGCCAGCUCGUGUACAACUCCGGUAUCGGCUACCAGUGCAAGGGCAACGUGACGGAGUACACCAAGUGCCAGAACGUGACACUGGAGCCCAAGCGAUUCCCGUUCAAGGUUCCCCCCGAGCUCGCUCAGGAACACAGUUUUCUUGGCAGCUAUAAGGUGGCUCCCAAGAAGCGUCUGAUGAAUGUCACUGCGGUGCCAAAACCGAAGCCUGUCAAAGAAGUCUCUACAAAAGCCAGUGAAAAGAAAUCAGCCAGCCGGUGGAAGAGCCAGGCGAGCAAGGUGACGGUGCAGCUGAAGGGCGGGGGCACGCUGGUGGACCCGGAGAGCGGUCUGGCGGACGUAGCCCACGUGCUGGAGCAGGGCCGCAACAAGUACUGCACGGUGCUCAGCCUCACCGACAUACAGAAGGGCAAGAACUCCUACUACAAGCUGCAGGUCCUCGAGAGCGACGCCAAGCACAGCGGUGGGCAUCGUUACUGGGUGUUCCGAGCAUGGGGUCGUAUUGGCACUACCAGGGGAAAUGAUAAAGUUGAAGAAUUUGACAGCAAGGAAGAAGCUGUCGAACAUUUCAAGACCUUGUUUCUUGAUAAGACGGGAAAUGCUUGGGAGAACAGAAACAAUUUCAAAAAAAUGCCUGAUAUGUAUGUGCUGAUGGAUAUCCAGUACGUUGAGGAAACUGGGACGCAAGCAUUGAUGCAACCCUGCAAGGUGGAAUCGAAAUUGCCCGUGCCUGUGCAAAAUUUUAUCAAGAUGAUCUUUGAUGUGCAGGGAAUGAAGAAUGUAUUGCUUCAAUUUGAGUUGGACCUGGAGAAGAUGCCGCUGGGGAAGAUCAGCCGUCGACAGAUCCAGCAGGCCUACAGCGUACUGACAGAACUACAGGAACUCUUCAAGUCGAACGGUCCUGACAUCAGGUUCAUCGACGCGUCGAACAGGUUCUACACGCUGGUGCCGCACGAUUUCGGCGUCGACAAUGCACCAGUCAUUCGUUCCGAGGAUGUCAUAAAGCAAAAAGUUGAAAUGCUGGACAGCCUCAUGGAGAUAGAGAUCGCGUACAGCAUGAUCGGUUCGGCCGACACGCACGACCCAGACGUGAAUGUCGUCGAUGCCCAUUACAAGAAGCUCAACACCGACAUCUCCAUUCUGGAGAGGGACUCGGAGGAGUUCUCGGUGAUCGAGAAGUACCUGCAGAACACUCACGCCGAAACCCACUCGCAGUAUUCCCUCGAGAUAGUCGAUGUGUUCAAAAUUGCUCGCAAAGGGGAGGAGUCGAGGUUCAAGCCGUUCAGGAAACUGCCCAACCGCCAUUUGCUGUGGCACGGCUCUCGAGUCACCAACUUUGCCGGCAUUCUGUCCCAGGGUUUAAGGAUUGCACCUCCGGAAGCUCCCGUAACAGGCUACAUGUUCGGGAAAGGAAUAUAUUUUGCAGACAUGGUUUCCAAGUCUGCGAACUAUUGUGCCACUUCGAAAAUGAACUCCAAAGGAGUCCUGCUGUUGUGCGAUGUGGCUCUGGGCAACAUGUACGAGCGAACGGACGCCGACUACAUCGAGAAGCUGCCGGCGGGCAAGCACAGCUGCAAGGGCGUAGGGAUGACCCAGCCGGACCCCUCCGAGGUCUCCGCGCUGGGGGACAUCCGUGUCCCCUUCGGCAAGCCGGUCAAGAUCAAGCAGAGGUCGUCGUUGCUGUACAAUGAAUACAUUGUUUAUGACCCUGCCCAGGUAAACAUUAAGUUCUUGAUUGUCGUUGACUUCAAGUACAAGUAUUGAAGACGUCGAGUACAACAAAGAUGUUCCUGAACUUUUGAGUGCUAGCACGAUUGAUUUGUUGUGGAAGUUUGUUGAGGUUAUAAGACUGGAUAUAUUCUUUAUAAAGAUUACCUAUCUUUUAUUUUCUGGAGACUUAUUGUGCUCUUUAAAAAUGUGAUUUUUUUUUUAUGGAGGAGCAUUUUUUGCUCUUGUUUUUGAGCAAGGUAAUAUUUUGCAUUGCAUCGUAUGUUUUCUUGCCAGGAAAGGAUAGUUUCUUGUUCAUUCGCUUUUAUUCCACAUGUCAUUCCAGUACACAUGUGACAUGCACUGCUUUUUUUUCCACCAAAGACUUUUUUUUGCUUUCUUCCCUCCCACUGGUCCGUGUCCCAGCGACUUGGCAGUAUAGUCAUAGCUGGCUGAAGGAAGAGGAGACAGCAGCAAAUGGUUCUCUCUGAUUGGUCAAACACUCUAAUAUGCAUAAUUUUUUUUAAAUCUUGUUCUGCACAUGACGUUUGUCACUCAGUUAAAUGCCAUGUUGUCCUUUUGGGCUGCAAGAUUCCAAAUGUUACCAGGUGACAUCUACAGCUGAGAGAUGUUAAACCCGGUCACUGUUUCGAAAAUUGUUUCAUAUAAGUAACAUUUUUAGCAUUGCAUGAUUUUUAUAGGAUGAGUAUUUUAGUGGUAAUCCCAAGUGUGGUCACUUAUUCAAUUUAUAUUGAUUAAAAUAAAAAUCUUAAUUUAAAAUAAAACCACUAAAGUACAUAGAUAACUGGCAGCUUAUCAUGUAUUACAGUUUUAAGUGGGCAUAGCUAAAAGUCUCCUGUUCAUUUUUUUUUUAUCAUAUAUUGUACACUCUAGGUUUUAUUAUGCAUGUAGAAGACAUGUGUCUAAAAUGAAAGGUUAAAAAUAGGUCCUUAUGAGGCUGUGUUCAGUAAUAAACUGAAUUAAAGCAGUGUAGAGCUUGGAAAAAUUAAUGUGUUUGUUGUUGCCAUCAAAAUGAUAAUUUUGUCAUGCAAGUGUAGUUUGAAGAAGUUGAAAUACAAGUUUUUUGCUACGUA